ACUAGCUAUCAAGUUGUCAUAUAAAAUUUCGCGUCCGCGCUGUGUGCACGCAUCAAGUGUGCUCGACCCCGAGUGUUAACCUCGAAUUAAAAUAAAAACAAUUGUAAAUUUUGUGAUUAUGGCCCCAAUGUCGAACGCAGUCGUAGGCAUUGAUGAUGACCAACGUUUUGCAUUAAUGAAGUUUCGUCGGAGCGUUCGAGAUGUUCUAAAACCGGAACAUAACGACCACUACCUUCUUAGAUGGCUCCGUGCGCGGCAAUGGAAUCCGGAAGCUGCUGAAAAAAUGUUACGAGAUUCACUAGUUUGGCGUGAGAAAUGGGGCAUUGACACUACACUAGACACGUGGAAGGCUCCUGAAGCACUCGAAAAACACUUCCCCAGUGGAACAACGGGCUUCGACAAGGAAGGAUCGCCUGUCAUUGUUGUCCCGUUCGUGGGUCUGGAUGUGUGGGGCCUGCUGCACUCCGUCACCAGGACCGACCUCAUCCGCAUGAUCCUACGUCACCUGGAGAAUUACCUCGCUAGUGCAAGCAAACAGUCGCUCGUACACGGACCUAAUGCACUCAAGGUGACAGUGUUAUUUGAUCUAGAAGGGUUCAACAUUAGGCAGUACGCGUGGAAACCUGCAGCCGAGAUGGUGUUCACUCUCCUACAAAUAUAUGAGGCUAACUAUCCGGAAAUUUUGAAGAAAUGUUUUAUUGUGAACGCUCCAAAGGUCUUCUCGUUGGCGUUUUCAGUGAUAAAGAAGUUUAUGCAUGAGUAUACAAUAUCAAAGAUAAAGAUUUAUGGUACGGAUGAACGCAAGUGGCAGGCGGCAGUCCUUGAAAUGAUCGACAGAGAGCAGCUGCCCGCGCACUACGGCGGUACCUUGGUGGAUGAGAAUGGUGAUCCGAGAUGCAGUCUUAUGGUAAAACCAGGCGGCAAAGUUCCUAAAAGUUACUAUUCAAAGAACGCCCCCAGCGAGCAGAACAAGGAGUACAAACGAGUCACAGUCAAGACUGGAGAGAAACAUUCUGUUGACUUACUCUGUAUGGAAGAAGAAAGCGUUUUAAAAUGGGAAUUCGGUGUGGACAGUCAUGAUAUUAAGUUCCUGAUAAAACGUAAGGACGAGGAGGGCAACGAGAGUUUGGUGCACGGACCCCGCAAAGUGGCGGAGGGACCCGUCGAUAUAGGCUUCCUGCCCGUCACUGGACCUGCUACUUAUUCUGUGAUAUUCGACAAUAAAAGUGCUUAUUUGCGUAACAAGAAGGUGUUUUACGAUGUACUGAUAUCUGUCCCUGAGAGAGAUCUCAACAUGUCGGAUGAACCCGAAGACGCCCUGGAGGCCGCCGACACCACUCAGAACACAGAGGGUGCUCAACUUUAAACUGAUGCAAAAGUAAAACACGUUUAGUACUAGCCAAAGUCGACGCGAGCAAAUCAAGGAGUGGAAGGAGGCUAGUGCUAAGAAAAAUUUUAUUCCAAAGAGAAUGCUUUUUAUCAACAUGGUACGAUAGACGAUUCAUUAUGCCCUUAUACCGAAGUGGCCGAAAGUUAAAUACGGUUUGUGUUUUUUUGGUAAUAAACUAAUAAUUACAAAGAUGUAAUAUUGAACAUUAAUUGUUAAGUUUUUUGUAGAUACUAGUUUUGUUUUAAUUAGAUUAUUUUAUGUAAACAUGCUUCUAUAUCUAGGAAGUAAUUUUACGUGUGUACAAAAUGAAGACAUAGUUUCGUGUAGGUUUUAUUUUUAAAUUUUAAUUAUAAUGUGGUGUUAAAAUUUUGUUAAAGCAAUAAAAAAUUAUUCAUAUAAAAACACCAUGUUACAAUGAUAUCGGUGUAAAAUAUUUGCUCAAAAAUAUAAGAUAUUUUUAUUAUUAUGUAGAGCGUAGUCUGUGAUAAAUUAAUUAAAAUAUUCCAAAAAUCAGCAGCAAUCUUCUUCAUGAAUCCAAUUAUCAUGGAUGUUUUGGAUGUUUCUCACUAGGAUGACCUAUCCAUGGUAAUAAAAAAAAUCUAUUAGGCCUAUUGAUUGGUAGGCUCAAUGGGAAACACCUUUUUUAGUUCAGUAGUGUAGUUUUUUCGACCUCAAAAUGCUCUCUAACAGAAGAAACUGUAUUAUACAUAAAAUUGUUAAUAUUUAAUUUUAAGUUUAAUAUAUGAAUUUCGCUGUGGUUUUGUA